AUGCAUACAGACGGCCAUCAAAUGUUCAUGGCAUCUGUGUUGUGUUGUAAUCGAUUCCAUGUUUACUCAGAACAGUGUUCUUUUGCUCCACAGUUUGAAGGCUGCAAGAAGGCCUUUUCUAGACUAGAAAACCUCAAGAUUCACUUAAGGAGCCACACGGGAGAAAAGCCUUACCUUUGCCAGCAUCCAGGCUGUCAAAAAGCAUUCAGUAAUUCCAGCGACCGAGCCAAGCAUCAAAGGACUCACCUGGACACGAAACCUUACGCUUGCCAGAUUCCUGGAUGCACCAAACGAUACACAGAUCCGAGCUCUCUAAGGAAGCACGUGAAGGCCCAUUCCUCCAAAGACCAGCAGGCUCGGAAAAAGUUGCGUUCAAGUAUAGAGCUUGACCAGGACAUUCUCAAUGACUGUCUCACGAUCCAGCCUCUCCAACCUCCUGCAUCUCCCCAGGGCACUUCAGAAAGUACCGUCAGACAAUCUCCAGGACCUGUGCAUGACAUUUACACAGCAGCCCUGUUCUCCAACACCCACGCCAGUCAAAAUGGAGCUGCUCCGGGCUCCCUGCCCCCAUCACACUCGGUGAGCCACGCUUCUUCAGGGCACAAUGUGCAUGGCAGCCCCCACAACCCACCAACCCAGGUGCCCCCUCUCACAACAGGGGACUCAGAAACAGAGAGAUUUUCAGCUUCUGCUUCUUUUUCUCCGCAUCAUAUAAGCCCCAGGAGAAUUUCUGCUCCUCCUCCUUUGAUACAGAAAAGGACACCACAGCCUUCCAGCAUCCACCAACUUGGAGGAACCCAUUUGAAGGCGUAUGAGCCGUCAGCAAACCUGUCGUUUCAGCCAAACGGCAUCCAAAUCCAAGGUGUUUAUGGGCAGCUGCAAACAUUCUGUUCCCCACAUUAUGCCGACAAUCAGAGAAAUUUGCAACAUGGCGGAACUUGUAAUAUGGUCCCGCCUUUUGAAGACUGUCUUGUACCCACAUCUAUGGGUCAGGGAGGUUUUGAUGUUUUCCACAGAGCAUUUUCAGCGCAUUCUGGCAUUACAGUUUAUGAUCUUCCAUCAGGCUCUACAGAGAUAUUUGGUGAUGCAUUGCGCAAUGGAAUUGAAGACUCCAGUUUCCUUCAAAUAAAUGCUGUGGAUCGUUGCCCGAGUCAACUUUCUUCAGUUUACACUGAAGGCUGAGGAGGGGGGAAAUCUACACUCCUGCAUCUAAUCCCUAUCGGAACCACUCUUUUACGGACCAUCUUUUUGUGGUCAGUUCAAGUGCUGAGUGUAUUACCCAAGAAACGAAGGAAACACUACCAGAUAGCAUUGACCAUCACAGAUGCAGCUAAUAAAUAUAAGGGGGAAGAUUCUGGUUGAAACUUACUUGCUGAAGUGUGAGCAACUGCUUUUUUAAUUCAGUCUUUUUUUGUGUGUGGUAAAACCUCUUUUCAAAGGGAACGAAUAAGAAAACCACUGCUUCUUAUAUUUCUAGCUGAAUUGUUGAAAUUUUCACCACAGUUUUUGGAAACCCUCUGAAAGGACUCUGUAGAAAUUUGCAACAACUUUUUUUUUGGAAAAAGCAAAAGUGUCUUGCAUCAUGAGCCUGUUUGGUGCUUUGCAGGCCCAGUACACAGCCUUGCAGGGCUGAAGACAAGGAGCGAUUUUUGAGGCACCAGUUGGAGGUGGAGGCAGCACCAUUCCACUCUCUUUUUGGAAUCUGGGAACAUCAGUCCUCUUUAACAACACAGUAUUAACUGUAUUAGCCGAAAGAGAGAGAAUUGUUUGUGGUGUCUUGGCAGUCCUUCAUUGGAAAGAGUUAAUCUUACUUGAUAUUGAAUAAUGCUUUAUAAUUUAAUUUUUAUAUUCCAUGUGUAGAAUUCUGUAUGGAAGGUUCUUUUCAAAAACGCACACAUAUUUAGAUUAGAUGUUCCCCAUGAAGAACAGAAGUUCCCUGUGAAUGUUUGCAAAUAUUUGAAGGUAUUUCCAGCAAGCUUCAUUGGAUCUUGAAGUCAACAUAAAGAAGGUGUAUUCACUACUGCUGCCAGAGAAGGAAGGGUUUCAACACUACCUUGCUGGGUCCCACAAGUGUUGGAUUCAGACAUGCUGUAGUAGAUCUCCCAGUAUCCCUUCUUUAAUCUGAUGGCUGGGGGUAAUUUCAGAUGUUGCUGUUAUUCUGGGGGGAAAGUGCUAAGCUUUCUCCAAAGGAAGCCCACCCCUCCCAAACCUUGUGUUUUGCUUUUUUGCUAUGGGGGGCAGACAGGUACAAUGAAGAAGCCUUUCUUUUCACCCCCUUCCAGCUAACAGCAGCCUCAGGGAAAGAAGGGUUUCCAUAGAAGAAACAUAAAAUUGGGAGAGGACUUGUUCUUCUCCCUCCCAGCACGGUAGCCUUGAUCCAAGUUGCCCCUCCAUUUGGUCACAGGUUUAUUGUGUCCCAUGUCAUUCAACCCAGCAUAUUCUGCAAGCGAGCACCUUCCUGGCAUUGUCCCUCAUAUAUUCUAGAAGAUUCCAUGGAAAGGGCUAUUAUAAUUCCAUCUGCUGUAAAUAUGGUAUGUUAGUAUUUCAAGCAUUUUUAAAUCUAUGCAUUCCUUUCCUCUUCUCUCUACUACGGUACUUUUUCUUACAAAAAUAAAAACAACAUGCCAUGUUUUUAAUGCAUCCCCAAAUAAUUCAUGUAGCUGGUAAUUCUUUGUUGUAUAGUUAUGAGCCUGUGUGGGCAGUAGAAAAUGAAUUUUCAUGGUCAAGAUGUGGCCUUUGUCAUGGUUACAUUAUUAUAUAAUUAAAAUCGCAGACUUCUUUA